AUGUGGGCUCACGUGAAGACACGCGGACUGAAUGAGAUCUCGGAGAUGGCCCAAGACAAUGCAAGUCGAAGAGAUGCAUUAUGGAGGAAUGCUCUUUUUGGGGAUCCAGAAGGCGAUUCGGAUAUGGAGGCUGAGGAGGAUGAUCCUAGCGAUCCAGAGGGUUUCACCCAAGAAGCCCUGAAUGCAAAAUAA